AUGGCGAAGACAACUUGUCCAGACGGGUUCGGCCUAAAUUACACUUUGCCCAUGUUCCACAAAUGUGAGAUGAAGCAACUCCAGGAUGGCAGCAUGGUGCAGAGCAUUCCCAAACGUAUACCUGUCCCUUCUGUCGCCGCCGGGUGCAACCGAAGGAAGAAUUGUGGCAAAAACCUCUGUAAAAACGGCUGGUGCGAGGAGACUAUGGUAGGCUACAACUGUCACUGCUCAAAGUUAACAGAAUCAUUGACUACGGACGCGACGACCAAGCCCACGAAGAGUCCUACGACCACGAUGUCAGACACAACGGCAUAUGAAGAAACCACCACCUCCAAGUCAAGAGAAUCAUCGACUACGAUCGCGACGACCAAGCCCACGACGAACCCUACGACCACGAUUUCAGACACAACGACAUAUGAAGAAACCACCACCUCCAAGUCAUCAAAAUCAUUGACUACCGACGCGACGACCAAGCCCACGACGAGCCACACGACCACGAUAUUAGACACAACGACAUCGCAAGAAACCACCAUAUCCACAUGUUCUCGGAGUUCUCCGCUGAAUUGUAAAUUCGGCGGGUCGUUGUACAAUUUCAGCACUUCGGAGAUGACUCAUGCUUCCGCGGUUUCAGCUUGUUCCCAAUACGGAUCCCAUCUGGUCUUCAUCGAGUCGCAAGAGGAACAGGACUUCAUCGUAAGUUUUGCCAGCGAGGAUUCCUGGAUUGGGCUGACCGGACCAAGUGACAGCGAUGCAAGGACGACUACCUUCCCGGACAACUACCCCAGGACAACUACUCCUAGACACCUACACCCUAGGACAAUUUCCCCCGGACAAAUACCCCCGGACAACUACCCCCUAGGACAACUACCCUCAAGACAAGUACCACCUACAACAACCAUCCUCUAG